AGUUAUUUUAACAUAGCUUCUUCACAAUGAAUACCACAUCACCAAAAUCUUCCUUAGCCAAAUUGGGCAUACACACCACGAAACAUAAAUCCUUAAAAGUGAUGGUGCUGGGACAAAGUGGAGUUGGCAAAUCAGCUAUGGUGGUGCGAUUCAUUACACGUCGUUUCAUUGGCGAAUACGAUCCUAAUCUGGAGAAGAUCUAUACACAUAAUACAACAUUUGACAAUGAACUUAUACAGUUUGAUAUAUUGGAUGCUGCUGGGCAACCAAAUAAAGAGGAUUGUGUCAGCCUGGACUCGAACAUACGUUGGGCGGACGCAUUUAUACUAAUGUACUCCGUUACGGAUAAAUGUAGCUUCGACGAAUGUAAUCGGCUGAAAUUUUUGAUUAACUACAAUAAACGACGACGUAAACUGGGAUCAAAUAGUAAGGAUUCACUCUCCGAUGUGCCGGUGAUUUUGGUAGGCAACAAAACCGAUCAAACGGGCGAUCGCAUGGUGAACAUCGAUGAGGGUCAACGACGUUUUCGUGAGCUAUCAUGUGCCUGCUUUCAUGAGAUCUCUGUGAGAGAGAGUGUAGAUCAGGUGCAAGCAGUUUUCCGCGAUGUAUUUCGUUUUUGGCGCGUCUUCAGCAAAUUUCCCAAACUGAAACGUUCCACCAGCGAUGUACAGAAUGCAUCCGAUUCGGCGCUAAGCCCGGACUCUGGUUGUUCUUUCUACGAUUCAUCGUCAUUUAACAACGAAACACGCAGAUCCUUCUUCAUAAUCGGCAACGCCUGUCUCGAGGAGAACGAUCACACCGAGUCCACCGACGAGCUUGGCUCUGGCAGCUUAUGCAGUCCACGCAGCGGCAUCGAUACACCAUUCCGCAGUAGAGCCUCCACGGAUGGCACAUUGUUGUCGCGACCGCGUCGCUGGCGUUAUCCGCCGCCCGGCUGUCUGUUGCCACACACCAAUCGGGUCGAACGUCGUAUGAGUAUUUCGACACGCGGCAGCAACGCCAGCUAUUGACUAGUGAUUAAGUGCUGGGGGGAACUCAGUAAACAGUGCAGCGACUUCAUUUUCUAAAACUACAUAUUUGAGAGUAUAAAAACUUUUAUUGCUUGUUGCUUAGAAAAUUGUAAAGUCUUGCUUAUGUACAAAGAAAAUUUUUUAAGCUAUAUUUGUGCUCUAAAAAAAAAAAAACAAUGAAAUAAUUAAGGGGGCGGGCGAGGCACGCAUAUUGUUGGACCAUUUAGACUUAUCUGUGGUGUGUUUGUAUUGAGAAGGGUUAAUCAAUAAAUUUUCAAUUACAAUUAUUAAUUAAAUAAAUAUAUGUACCUAUUAAAAUUUUAAAAUUGUAAGUGUAAUACA